UGCAAUGAAAAGGAAGAAGAAGGACAUGAUCGUGCGAAUGAAGCUGUCCUGGGUAUACCUGUGAAUAUUUCUGUACCUUUGAAGGGUAUUAUAACCAUCUUCUUCUGGUUUCUUGCUGUCUCUGACAGAAUCAUGUCCUAUAAUCCUUAAACUGAAAUUAUGUCAAUGUCUAUGAGCUGCUUUUGCUUGAAGAAAGCUACACCAAAGACUAAGCUAGAACUAUCCACCGUUCUUGCUUCGGAAACAUCCUUUACUGUGAAUGAGAUUGAGGCUUUGCUUUGCUCGUUUAAGAAACUAAGUAGUGCAAUCGUUGAUGAUGACUUCCUUCACAAGGAGGAGUUCCAUCUUGCACUUUUUAAUGAUGAUAGCAAGCAGAAUCUAUUUGCAGAUAGGAUAUUUGAUAUGUUUGACAUCAAGCGUGAUGGAGUAAUUAGCUUUGGGGAGUUUGUUCGCUCACUGAGUAUCUUUCAUCCAAAUGCCGCUGAAGAGACGAAAAUUGAAUUUGCAUUUAGAUUGUUUGACCUUACACAGAAUGGAUACAUUGAGCAUCACGAGUUGAAGGAAAUGGUGUUGGCUGCUCUCACUGAAUCAGAUGUUACAGUUCCCGAUGAUGUUGUUGAAGCAAUUGUGCACAGGACAAUGCUGGAGGUUGAUUCAAAAGGAGAUGGUAAGAUAGAUAACGAAGAGUGGAGAGAUUAUGUGACACAAAAUCCUUCUCUUCUGAAGAUCAUGACUCUACCCUUUCUAAAGUUAGUCACUUUUCGGCUUUUUUUUUUCAUCGCCCGACAAUUUACCACUCAAAUUACAAAUUUGAUGCAAUCCUUGUCAAAUUCUCGUCCCCUACCAGAGUAUAGAACACAGAAAAAAGUGCAAUUGAUGGGGUGUUGUUGCUCUAAAGAGCGACUUCAUCUUCAAGAUCCAGCACUUCUUGCUUCCCAAACCUAUUUUAAAAUUUCUGAAAUCGAAGCAUUGCAUGUUCUGUUCAAGAAAUUAAGCAGCUCCGUGGUGGACGACGGGGUUAUCAGUAAAGAAGAGUUUCAGCUUGGCUUACUUGGAAGCAGCAAGAAACGAAGCUUAUUUACUGACAGGUUAUUUCAAUUAUUUGACUCCAAAAGAGAUGGGGUGAUAGAAUUUGGAGAGUUCAUUCGAGGUCUAAGUGUCUUCCACCCAGCAGCACCACAAGCACAAAAGGCAGAUUUUGCAUUUCGACUCUAUGAUAUAUGUCAAAGAGGCUUUAUUGAACGCGAGGAGGUAAAAGAGAUGAUAUGUGCACUACUGAGUGAGUCAGAUCUGGUUCUGUCUAAUGACAUAAUUGAAGUCGUACUUGAUAAGACCUUCGAAGAAGCAGACUCAAAAGGAGAUGGAAAGAUUGAUCCAGAGGAGUGGCAAGAAUUUGUUGGUCGAAAGCCAUCCUUAUUGAGGAAUAUGACUAUUCCUUACCUGAAGGAUCUUAAUACACAGUUUCCUAGCUUUAAACAAACAUCAGGCAUUGAAGACUAUACAAGCAGCUCCUCCCCUGAGAAAAACAGCAGUAGCUCCUUAGAAGGAGAAUCUCCACAGUGUGAACAUCAAUAUUACGCAACUAAAAGAGAUAACCUUUGAACAAUACAUAUACUAUUCCUCUCAUUUGCAAUUUAAGCCUCAAUUUCUUUCAAAUGUUGCCCUAAGCAGAUACAUAUAUAACACGCUGUCUUCUACUGUGGGUUUAAAAAUUGUUCUUUACUUGCAGCCUGGGCUACAAGCUACAUGGGUUCCCCGAUCAACCAACCGAAAGCAAUGACACUUUUGUUGAUUUUUGGUAAACAAAAAAACCUAGUCAUGCAAUGUUGGCUGUUGCUUUUUGCACCCUGUCAUAUUUCUUCCAACACCAUAUCACUCAGGAAUCCAGAUUUUUUUUUUUUUCUGAAAACAAUCACCCCUUUUAUUAGGGAAAAAAAAGUCUUCCUGAAGCUUUUUAGUGAGGUGGAGGAAGAAAUUUGAUGCAUGUAAGAAGAUUCUUGCUUUUAGGAAAGUCCAAAUUAAAUCUGCUCAAAGUAUUAUUCAUU